AUGACUACCUCCUCUGCCCGUACGAUACACCUAGAAGCCGUCCCGAGAGCCAGCGUUGCCCUUCCUUCCUUUGCCGCCCGCUGCCUGUCCCGACUCCUGUUUGACUUGCCUCGCUGUUUGCCAAACGGCGCUCCUACUUUGGGCUUUGGUGAUCCAAACGCUCAACCUCCGACCCCAAUCCAGACGCCGACGUCUGCCAUUUUUCCGAGUCCAGUCUUCCAGACGCCGAGGAACAAGCAGGGAUCCUUCGAAGGAUUCUCGAGCGGCACACCCAGGUUUGCAGAGGAAUACUCGGUCUUCAACUCGACCCCGGGCAACCUUCGCGGUUCGCAGGGCCCCUUCGUAGACUUUUCGGUUCCGAGCCCAUAUCCACAGUCGGCGGGCCACAAGAGACGCUCGUCUGCCGAGAACAUCGCCUUCGAGAUAGCGGCUCAUGUUAAUCACUUCUCGCCGAGUCCGAACCUUCCCUUACCGCCUGUCUGCCCAUCCCAGAGGCUGCAGUCCUCGCCGGGGCCUCUGGCGACAAGCCGCAGCCAGGAGGACAGACCCGCUUCAUUUGACGCUCAAGACCGGCCAUACAAAAAGUGUAGACAGGAAGGCUCGGAAGAAAGCCAGGGCCAGACAGCAACACCUCCUCCAUCCGCCCGCAAAGGGACGAGAAAGCUAGCGCCCAAGCUGCAGAUGACCACCAUGCACAAUGAACAUGGGUACCCGCCGGAGUUUGUGGUGGGCACGCCGCAGCAGAACCCGAACAUGAUGCCGAACUUUGUGACCACGCCGACCGACAUGUUUGGUUAUCCCAUGUCGGCGCCGCCCACUGCGCCGGUUUUCUGGGAUGAUGCUAGCAUGGCUGGAAUGGACAUCGACUUUCACAAUGUCGCUGCGAAUAUGUUUCAGAACCCUGGACAUCGGGCAAUGAACUCGUUGGACUGGCGCAGAUCGAAUGAAAUGUUCCAGGAGACCGGCAUCAUCCCACAACCGAACCAGGAAGGGAACAAUCCCCCGAGGAGGGAGAGACCCUUGGCGCCGAAACCUAUGGUGCCGAACCCAGAAGCCGACAAUCAAGACAUCUCAAUGUAUGGAACCUCGUUUGUUGCCCCUAUAGGGGACCCUUUCGGCAUGAUGAACCAUGUGGGGGGUGUUGAUCCUGGGCUGUUGUUCACGCGGCCGCCAUCGUCCAAUAUGGAGCCGGCUACUUAUGAUCCCAUGGCACAAGCUCCUUUGUUGCAGCCAAUGUCCCAGCCAGAACCGCCGCAGCUACCUGCGGCCCCGCCCCAGCGAUCUGAUAUAAGGCGCGUAGCCAGCACCAAAGAGAUCAGCUUGUCGAAGAGGCCAGAAAGGGCAGCGAUAAGCUCGCCCAUCAAGUCUACUGGGAGACCCGGUCUGUCACGGAGCCUCAGCGACAAUCGCGGCCGGAAACCAGUGCACAGGGCAUCACUUCCCGCGCUUGCACCGGCGGCCAGACCUGUCUCGCAGCAAGGAGGUUCAAGCCGGCCACCUUCUCAGGCCUCGCGGUCCAGCGGGAGAAUUUCGCCGUUGAAAAAUCACCACCGGCUCUCAAGCUUAACAUCGAUACCCGAGAGUGUUACACCCAGAAUCCGAACGUCAGUGAAGUUCACUAUUGAUUCGCGAGGCCGAGCUCGUGCCGAGACGACGAGUGUGGCCCUUGACAGUGAUGAGGACAAGACGCCAAAAGCGGUGCGGAGCAGAAAGGAAAACUUGAGCAGAAGCAAGAACUGGUCGUCUGAAGAAGACGACGAUUCGUCUUCAGACGACGAGCCCAUAAUUAUUCCCAGCAGGAACACAUCUUUCGCACUCCCGGACCCGAAUAAACCGACGACCUCAAAUCCUUUACAGUUCUCACGAAGGAGUAUAAGCGAACAGAGCACCAGCAGCCUAGGCAUUUACUACAAUGAGCCAAGUUCGGCUGUCAUGGACAAUGAGAGCGAGGCAGAGACCGAGGUAAACGAGCCUGCUGGCAGCCGCGGUGAUGCAUCCAGCGAACUGCGCAAGGUGGUACAGGACCGCCAAAAACGCGCCUUGAAUACCAGCCAGCGCUUUGCGCCGCCAUCCGCGCGCAGCUCUGCAUCCACAAUUUCCCCGGGCUCUUUCACGGAAGCCACUGUUCCAACCCCGUCCACCAGCAGAGAGGAGUCAAUCCGCUGCGUAUGCCAACGUACUGAGAGCCCACGCAACAGCGAUGGCUUCAUGGUCCAGUGGUAA